AUGAGCGGAAAGGGUAAAGGCAAAGAUGCAGCACCGCCAGAGCCAGAGAACAUUCCUCAGGAUUUGCAGUAUGCUUCCGUAUUCAGCUUCAAAGGUGGAAAGGGAAAAGGCAAAGAUGCCUUCCAGCAGGAACAAGAAGACAUGCCGGAGGACAUGCAGUCGGUGCCAUUUCCCUACAACUUCAUGAAGGGAAAAGGAAAAGGCAAAGAUGCGUCACCGCCGGAGCCAGAUGACAUGCCCGAGGCCAUGCAGUCUUCUCAAUUUCCCUACAACUUCAUGAGCGGAAAGGGUAAAGGUAAAGAUGCGGCACCGCCAGAGCCAGAGAACAUUCCUCAGGGCAACUCGCUACCACUUGCCUUCAAUUUCAUGAAGGGAAAGGGAAAAGGCAGAGAAGCGGUGAUGGGACAGUUUCCCAAGGCACUUCCGGUUGGACUUCAACAGCCCAGUGACACGCCAAGUCUUUCUCCAGCCAAGUCAGCAGAGCCUCAGGAUUUACAGACCAAAACGAAAAUGCCUGAGCCUCCUGGUCUUCAGGCAGCAUCGACAACUCGUGAGCCAAAUGCGUUAGCCAAGGCGGCGAUCGCAGCUUUGAACCGCUCUGGUUGGAGGCCUCUUGAGUCCAAGGGCAGGAGGCCGCCAGAGCCGGAAAACGAACCCUCGCAGGCUCGUGUGGGCGGCUGGACACCUACGGCCUACAACGCGCUCUUUGGAAGUGCAGAGGAUAUGUCUGACGAGGAUGUCGUUGCCGGAAAGUCCUGGGGCACUUGGAAGCAAGAGGACUGGAGUGACUGGAGGAAGUGGAAAGAGCCAAGUGCCCCAAGUGCCCCAAGCGCCCCAAGUGCGUCGUGGGAUCAGAGUUGGAAGAGUUGGGACAAGCGGGAUGGAGACUGGGACAAGCACAAGCACACCAAGCAGGGCGUUGUAAAAGAUUGGUGGGACGGGGAUGACGGGGAUGACGGUUGGGAAAAGGAUCAAAAGAACUGGAAGCAAAAUGACUGGGAGGAUGAGCAGCAGAUCAAGCAUGAGCAGAACCAGAAUGAAUGGAAGACUGAGUGGAAUCAAUGGGAGUGGAAAGAUGGACGGGACGGGUGGGAACAGCAAAAUGUCAAGAAACAGGAGGAGUGGAACUGGAAGCAAAAUGAGAAAGAGCAAUGGGAUGAGGAAGAGGAAGACUGGGAUCCAGAUGCGUGCGAAGACCAGGGCAAGCUUGAAAGCCAGAAGGGUCCGAUGUUGGAGGAAGAGGUUUUCGAGGAGAUGGCAGAUGCACCAAGCUCUGCACCAAAAGCCAAGGCAAUGCCCACGAAGCCAAAGGCACUACCGAAGAAGCGGCCCAUUGCUCCAAGUAUUGCUCCUAUUGGGCCCAUUGCCCCUUCCGGCGCGCUUUCCGUGCCAAGACCUCCUACAAUCUAUGUGCCUUCCCUGCUGGCGACGGCCAAAGCCAUGGUGGCGAAGCCAAAGGCGACUCCAAAGCCACCAACGACUCCACCUCCACCACAUUUGAAGGAGGAAGCCAAGGAGCAGAAGGCUUGGGAUGAUGAGGAGGAAGAUUUUGUCGAGGAAGAAGAGGAGGAUCAGUGGAACGGAUGGCAGGAUUGGAAAUGGAACGGCGAGUGGGACCAGGAUGACCAGGCCCAGCAAGAUUGGAAGAGGAGAAAAAUCCCCGACUCUGGUUUGAGGUGGCAGGAUGGCAAAUGGGAGAGAGCGAGCACCAAUGGCGUCAGUCCAAAGAAGAGUCCAAAGAGCACUGAGAAAACUCAGAAACCUCAAAAAACCCAAUACCCUCAAUACGUCAAAGCCGUGAGUGUCAAAAAUUCUACAAGCGCUUGGGCGCGUGGUAGAAAUGCCACAAGAGGCAGACCGAAGAGACAGAAGUUCCCAGACGCACCAGAACGUUGGGGAGAAGAUUGGGAGCAGUCUCGCCAGGAAGUAGACUUGACACUGCUGGGUCAGAUGGGACCUCCCACGUCAAGAUGGGAAUACCGCCUGGUGGACGAGUCUCGACGAUCCUUCCUUGGCUAUAUGCCGUCUGCUUUCUCCACCAAACAGUGUGACACGUUGUUCGAGCAAGUGAAGGAAUGUACGCAGUGGCAGACCCCUCCAGACUCCGGUCCAGCGCCGCGGCAAGUAGCCUGGAUGACUAAGAAAGGCUGCAGCUGCAAGUAUCGCUACGGCGGAGUGGAGUUGGAGAGUCAGGAGUUUCCUCAGCAGAUGCAGGAGCUUCUGGGUCGAGUGAUGAAGCUUUGUGGUGGUGGCAACGCCGACUGGCCAGACUCGUGUUCUCUCAACUUCUACGAGGAUGGUGCAGCUUCGCUGGGUUGGCAUGCUGACGACGAAGCGCUUUUUCAAGGGAAGUUUGAAGAUAUUCGAAUCAUCUCGCUGUCCUUGGGGCAGGCGCGCACCUUUGAGCUACGGCGCAACUGGCCCCAGGCAGGUGAGACUGAAGUCCAAAAACUUAGGUUGAGCAGCGGGGACAUCAUGACAAUGGAAGGCAUGAUGCAGAAGCACUUCCAGCAUCGCAUUCCCAAAGAAGGAUGUGUAGAACCCCGCAUCAAUCUCACUUGGCGUUGGAUUCGCAAACACUAUCCAGAGUGUCCUGCAUUCCGCGGUCGCCGGUGA